AUGAACACCGUUUCAACCGAGUCGACAUUUGAAUCUAUCAACCAGGCAUCCCGUUGGUUGGAAACCAAAAUUAUAGGCCAGGACCUGUUGAUACAACGACUCAUGAUGGCGCUGCUGUGUGGCGGCCAUUUGUUGGUCGAGGGUGCGCCAGGACUUGCAAAAACCCGUGCGAUUAAAGAGUUGGCAAGAGUGAUCGAAGGCGACUUCCACCGGAUUCAGUUCACACCCGACCUGCUGCCCAGUGAUGUGACCGGCACCGAAAUCUUUCGCCCUGAAGAUGGUUCUUUUAAAUUUCAGGAAGGGCCCAUCUUUCACAAUCUGAUUCUGGCCGAUGAAAUCAACCGUGCGCCUGCCAAAGUUCAAUCAGCUUUAUUAGAAGCUAUGGCGGAGCACCAGGUCAGCGUCGGGAGAGAGACCUUCCCUCUUGCAGACCUGUUUAUGGUCAUGGCAACCCAGAAUCCCAUCGAACAGGAAGGCACUUACCCGCUUCCGGAAGCGCAACUGGAUCGAUUUCUACUGCACGUCAUUGUUGAAUACCCGGACGCAACGGCGGAAAGAAAAAUACUCGAUCUUGUUCGCCAUGAAAGUGCGUCAAACAGCGACGCACAGCCUCCACCGGUAGUUUCCCAACAACAGAUAUUUUCCGCGCGAAAAGAAUUGCUGAACCUGCACAUGACCGAUUCAGUGGAACGCUAUAUUGUUGCGCUGGUGAUGGCUUCAAGGAAGCCGUCCGAAGAUCAGGCCAGAUGGUUAGAGUUUGGCGGCAGCCCAAGAGCAACAAUCGCCCUGGACCUGUGCUCGCGUGCGCUGGCAUGGCUUAACGGCAGAGACUUUGUGACCCCGGAAGACGUUCAGGCCGUAGCACAUGAUGUCCUGCGGCAUCGGCUGAUUCUGUCAUUUGAAGCUGCUGCACAAGGCGUCACACCGGACCAGGUCAUUGAUGCUCUGAUCGACCAGGUUGUGUUGGUACACAUCUACGACCCACUGGAACAGCAUUUACCGCCGGCGGAUCACUAUGCCGUUACAGAUGGAAAAAGCGAUCCCCUACAGCAACUGCGCGACGUUCAUUUGCCGCCGGAUCCCUCCUGGUGGCCGCCCGCCUUCGGCUGGUGGCUGUUUGCGCUGCUGCUCCUGCUGGCCCUCAUCUGGGCCUGCCGACAGCUCAUUGAUCACUUCAAACGACGCGCGCCGUCCCGUGCCGCCAAAGUACAGCUGGCAGACCUAUACCGUCGCUAUCAGGCGGGAGAGAUCAGCGCUGACGAAUACCUGCACUCUGGCAAUGAACUGUUGAAGCGUCUCAUGGUCCGGGCUUAUCAAAAAACCAGUUACGCGCGCUUAUCCGGCGAUGCCUGGCUGGAUCUGCUGGACGAGCUUUCCGGCACUUCAAAAUUCAGUAAUGGUGCUGCCAGCGUGCUUGGUAACAGCCGCUUCAGCGCGGCACCAGAAAUUGAUGUUGAGCAACUGCAUAGCGAAAAGCAGAACACAAGCCGCGUUGACGGCCGGCGCUGGCAGCAUAUCCUGUUGUGGUCCAUAUGGUGCCUCCUGCUGGUUGCUGCAGCUCGACCACAGUGGACUGGGGACGCCGUUACGUUGCCUACCAGUGGACGAGAUCUAAUGCUGGCUGUAGACAUCUCCGGCAGCAUGGCAACCGAGGACAUGGCGCUCAAUGGAGACUUUGUUGAUCGGUUAAAUGUCGUGAAAGCAGUGGUCAGCAGCUUUGUCGAAGAACGCAAAGGUGAUCGCGUUGGGCUUGUGUUGUUUGGUACAAACGCUUAUCUGCAAGCCCCCCUGACUUUCGACCUGACCAGUGUGAAUCGUCUGCUGAUUGAAGCCCCUAUUGGUAUCGCUGGCGGUAAAACCGCAAUUGGAGAUGCGAUCGGAUUAGCUGUAAAACGCCUGCGCCUGCGUCCACAGGAAGAUAAAAUACUUAUUCUGCUGACCGACGGCGCUAACAAUGUGGGCGAAGUUGAACCAGAGAAAGCCGCUGAACUUGCCGCCUUCGAUAACAUCAAAAUCUACACUAUAGGUGUAGGUGCUGACGAGAUGCGGAUGCCCGGUCUGUUUGGCAGACGCAUUACCAAUCCUUCUGCAGAUCUUGACGAAGACACGUUGACUGCCAUUGCACAAACUACCGGCGGAAAAUAUUUCCGCGCCCGCGAUACACAGGGGUUGUUGGAAAUCUAUAGCUUGAUAGAUGAACUGGAGCCCAUUGAUCAGGACCCUGAAACCUAUCGUCCGAUACAGGCGCUUUAUUUUUAUCCUCUGGGUCUCGGCCUCGCGCUGUUUGCACUUCUGCUGCUGAUCGACAUUGCGAGAAAACGAUCCGGGUGGGAAAGCAGCAUCGAUGAUAGCCUGCUCAAUGUCCUGCUGGAUGGCGCCCAUAAACAAGCCAACCGCACGCUUGGCAUCUUCCUGAUCAGCGCGUUGGCAGCAGCCAGUAUCGGCGUUGCCGGGCCUACCUGGCAGAAACUUCCGCAAAGUGUUGAACAGAAAAAUGAUGCUCUGGUUGUGCUGCUGGAUCUCUCAUUAUCUAUGCUUGCAGAGGAUGUGAAACCCUCCAGGAUAGAACGUGCGCGCCAGGAAAUAGCAGAUGCCCUGCGCCUGCGUGACGAAGGCCAAACCGCGCUAAUUGCCUAUGCCGGUGAUGCACACGCCGUUGUGCCGCUGACUGAUGACGUGGCGACCAUCACCAAUUUGUUAGUGUCUCUGAGUCCGGAAAUGAUGCCGGUUUUUGGCAGCAAUCCAGAUCACGCGUUAACCCUGGCCCACGAGCUGUUCGAAAACAGUUUUGUACAGCAGGGUCGAAUUCUGAUGGUGACCGAUGGCAUUGACGAUAUCAGCUCCGUCACCCGUCAUCGCAGCCGGGCUUUUCCUAUUUCCGUUCUUGGUAUCGGUACCUAUGACGGCGGCGUUAUCCCGCUGGAUCGGGUGCGGCAGCCAGGACGGUUUCUGCAGACCCAGGAAGGUAAUCAGGUCAUUGCCCUGCUCGACGACGUCCGUCUGCGUGAAGUUGCCGAGUUAUCCUACGGUAAAUACGCCCAGGCAGACGUAGGUGAUCGGGACAUUCUCUCUAUCCUUGACACCCCGCUACCCAGCGACGACGAAACCAUUGAAGUAGAACGGGAAUUUGACACCUGGUUUGAUCAGGGGCAUUGGGUCACCCUGCUUUUAAUACCCCUGCUUCUGCUCAGCUUUCGCAAGGGUGUUUUAGUGUGCCUGCUAGCAGUGACUAUUCUGCCAGCGGUUCCGGCCCAGGCCGCUGGUAUCAGUGAUGUCUGGGACAGCUUCUGGCAACGUGGUGAUCAGCGCGGUUACAAAGCGCUGCGAGGCGGCGAACCUGAGCGCGCGGCGACGCUGUUCGAAAAUGAACAAUGGCGUUCUGUAGCUGAAUAUCGCAGCGGAAACUAUGCUGCUGCACUUACCGGCUUUCAGGCAAAUGCCGGCACAACAGGACGUUACAACGAGGCCAACACACUUGCGCGUCUGGGAGACUACGAAAACGCGAUAGCACUCUACGACAAAGUACUUGCAGUACAACCUGAUCAUGAAGAUGCACUGUACAACAAAGAUCUUAUAGAGCGUCUGUUAAAGGAAAAACAGGACGCCCAGCAAGAGCAGGAACAGAACCAGCAGAGUCAGGCGAACAACGACAGCAGUGACAGCCAACAAGGCGACCAACAGGAAAAUCAGGAUCAGUCCGAACAACAGGAUGAAUCAGAACAGUCCGAGCAGGAACAGCAGGAUGAGUCUGAGAGUGAACAGGACAACGAACAGGAAGGCUCCGAACAGCAAAUGGCGGAGGCUGAAGAAAACGAGAACGCCAGAGAUGAAAAGCAGGAAGCUCUGGAGCAGUGGCUGCGACGCGUUCCCGACGCCCACGCCGCCGUUUCAGCGCAACUGUCUGCACAGAACAUCGACGAACUGGAAACCGUUCGGCUAACCAUUAAAAUCAACGAAACCCGACAAACGGAGAAUCUGGACCUCAGCGCCCUGGAGUCAGAUUUCCACAUACUCAGCACCAAUACAGUCAGUCAGUCGCGGUUUCUCAAUGGUCGAGGAGUCAGCUGGGUUGACUAUCAAAUCACCCUGCAACCCAAACGCACCGGCACAUUGAAAAUUCCGAGCAUCACAGUGGGUAAUGAGCCGACGCCGACGCUGGAACUGAAAGUUCGCCCCUUGUCAGCAACCACCAGGCAAACGAUCAACGAACUGGUAUUUUUCGAAAAUGAAGUGUCAGCACAGGAAAUUUAUGUCCAGAGCCAGCUGAUCCUGACUCGCCGUCUGCUUUAUUCACAGGGUGUGCAGUUGUACUCCGAUUUGCCGGGAGCACCUGAAAUCAGCGACGCAGUUGUUCUCACCCUGGGUGAAACCCGAUCAGACACGACGACGCGUAAUGGCAAAACUUAUGGACUUGUCGAGCAACGUUAUGCCAUAUAUCCCGAGGUCAGCGGCACAUUCGAAGUGCCAGGUAUCAACAUUACCGCCAGCGUCAGGCUGAUUGAAAAUGGACGGGUGUCACGCAAAGGGGUGCGCGUUGGUACACCCACUGAAUCCGUUGUCGUUCUGCCAGUCCCCGACAGCUACCCUGCUGAUGCGCCGUGGCUACCGGCGACCAAUGUUGACCUGAUGUACGUCAUCAGUCCCGACAGGCCCGACCAUGAGGUUGGAGAUACCCUGAAGCAUGAGUUACUGGUCUACAUACAGGGAAACAUUGGAUCUAUGGCGCCACCGCUGCCUCUGGAAUUAAACGAAGAUCAGUUCCGAAUUUAUCCUGCCGCACCGGUGAUCGAAGAUGAUACCCGCGGUGAUACGGUGAAAGGCUCCCGCCUGCAAACCAAUUCUAUUGUGCCGUUACAACCAGGUUCCCUGAGCCUGCCCCCUACGGAAAUUAUCUGGUGGGAUACCACCAACAAAAAGGUUCGGAUCAGUACAACUUCCGCUCGCACGCUAAACGUUUCCGGCACCGCGGUUGUAGGUCCGUUAGACACUCUGGAUACCGCCAGCGACAAAACUCAAGACCCAGCACUGGACGACAAUGCAACGAAUCCUAUGGUGACUGCCAACUGGUCUGCUGGGAAGCUUCUCGCUCUGAUCGCCGGCAUUACAGCUGUCGUUAUUCUACUCGCCUGGUUCUUUCUGCGCGGCAGGCGCAAGACUCGAACGAACACAGAAAAGACCGCUGGUCAGUGUUAUCGCGCUUUCAACGAAGCGAUCGCCGCACAGGACGCAACGACGGCCAUCACUGAGCUGAAACAGUAUCUCAGCCGUCGCUACUCAAAACCCGAACACCUCGCGCUGGCGAAGUUCAGGCAAGCUGAUGAUGCCGCCCAUCGCGCGCUUACCACUAUAGAUCAGCACUUUUAUCAACAUGCACUGUCGGAGAAACAGCUCGACGAGGCCUUUAAGGUGCUGCAGCGCUGCGUCGCCAACCUGCGAGAUCGUGAGACAGCGCCGCAACAGCUCAACCCCCUGCCUCCGCUUUACGCCGACGGCGUCUAG